UCGGAAGCAAAUUUGAUUUUUCAUCGUUGCUCAGACAAACAAUAAAACGUGUAGAUCUACAGAUGUUACGGAAGUGCAGACUACACAAUCUUGUACUAGCCGCUCGUUCGGCGUGGCGUCGUUUUCAGAUUUUGCUGUUUGAAUUUCAGUCGUGCCAGGACUGACACCAAGAACAAAAGUUUCCGGGCAACAUUUGCAUAGAGCAGCACUGUAGUUGAAGAAGGUACAUUGUAGGCCGGUGCAGCUGGCAGGCUUCGUUGACCUCUGAAGUGUCCAGUUAGAAUCUGCAAGGCUGGGUCUUCAAAAUCGUGCCUUGCGUAGGAGAAUCCAGGAGCAAUACGGGUGUCGUAGGAACUCGCAACAAGUAUGAGUACGGCUAUGCUUGCCAAUUUGUUAACAUUGUCUUUGGUAUCAGUGUUCAGUGUGGCGACAUCGACCGUUGGGUCGGGCGGCUGGUCACAAUGGGGUGCUUGGAGCUCGUGCUCUGCAUCAUGUGGAGUGGGUUACUCAUCUCGCACUCGAGUGUGCAAUCACCAAGUGCAGAGCAGCUGCACAGGACGCGCUAUUGACUACAAAGGUUGCGAAAAUCAGCCCUGUGCAGUUGAAUCUGGCGGCCAGUGUCCGGGUGGCUGGCUUCAAGGGGCAUUGAAGUGCUACAAGAGAAUGGAUCAAAAAGCCAGGAACUUUAGCGAAGCGCACUUCGCCUGCGCAGGCUUGAGUGGUGCCAGUCGAAUGCUAUCCAUUGUGUCUGCAGACGCGCAGCAUGACUUUGUAGCAGUCGUAUUACGUGCCGGUACCUGGCCAUGGAUAUCUCUUUCUGAUAGUCACACUGAGGACGUGUGGCUGAAUAGGCAUUCUGAAGUGGUGUACUCGAAUUGGAACACGCAAACAGGGGAGCCGAAUGGUGGCCAGGAUCAAAACUGUGCACUUGCACCUUUCCAGUAUGGUGGAAUGUGGAUUGACGAGCCAUGCAAGAAGCUUUACCACACCAUUUGUGAAAUGGAUUUCAUUGUGGACACCAAGUGGAGUGAUUGGUCAGGCUGGACCGUGUGUAAUGGUUCCUGCUUGCAAGCACGAACACGGCACUGCAUGAAGUCUGUAUCGCCCACUGACGCUGGACUGUGUGAUGGUGACAGUUUGGAGCACAGACCGUGCACAACAUGCAAUGUCAGUGUGGAUAGCAAGUGGAGUGACUGGUCAGAGUGGAGUGCAUGUGACAGCUUCUGCUCACAAAACAGAACACGGCACUGCAUUAACCCAGCAUCAACAACAACUGAUGGAGGGCGGUGCACUGGUCCCAGUUUGGAGCAAAGGACAUGUGUGAAUCGAACAUGCCAUGACUUUUGUCCCGAAUUUGCUAGUCACCUAUCUACCAGGCACAUUAAAAUUGUUGGACUGGAGAGGUAUGGAGUGGUCACACCUUUCACCGGCAACACAACCUCUGGGGCUGGCUUGGUGAACGCUUCUCUUGUAUUCGAAUGUGCGGAUCGCUUCAAGUUCCUGGAGAGUCAAAAUUCAACAUUGACAGCUACCACCUGUUCAGUAAACUCAAAUUGGAAUGGUCGAGUGCCGUUUUGCAUCCCGGUAUGCCAGAGAGCCAAGUGUCCGCAUGCUUCACAGCGUUGCAUAACAGACCCUGGCAACACUCACCGAUACAAGUGUGUAUGCCAUAACAGUGAGACGUGCACCGAUGCCUACGAACCGGUGUGUGCCACAGACGCCCAGGACUAUGACAACAGGUGUCACAUGGCCAUGGAGGCUUGCCAGACCAACACAACACUUACGGUGGCCAAAGAUGGGUUUUGUGAAAGAGCUGGCAAGUGCAGCGAAGAGAAGCCCAGACCUCCUCCGACCAGGACCUGCAACCCGACAGGCUAUCGGUAUUACUAUGACAACACCAGCCGGAGCUGUCAGAGAAUGAACGUAGGCCGAUGCUACACAGCUGGUGGCGACAACUCUUUCCAUCUCCAAUCCCAAUGCGCUGAUGCGUGUGAACAAGGUGAUGCGUGUGAUCAAAGUCUUGAUCCAGGUCCAUGCAAGCAGAUGACAGAACGGUUUUACUACGACAGCACUGAAAACACCUGCAAGUCAUUCCAAUAUGGCGGCUGUUUUGGGACGGAGAACAAUUUUGCAAGCAAGCAGUCCUGUGAGAAUACGUGCAGAGGUGUAAGAUGUCCCGUGCCAGCUAGCAUUGUGAAUGGUGCAGUGUCCGUGGCCAACCGCCGAGUAGGAAGCACUGCAACCUUCACGUGUGAUGAAGACUAUGGGUUGAGAGGAGAAGCACAGACUCAGUGCCAGCAAACGGGAAAUUGGAGCAACGCUGUGCCUACUUGUGUUGCACAGUGCCCACCUGCAAGGUGUAACUCAGAAGAUCGUGAUGUGUGCAGUCAUAAUUUUAUCCGGCCAAUUGACGCCUGUGCUCCUGAAGCUUUAAAGAACACAGAUAUAGCAAUAAUCGCCAAGUUACGACCAGACACCGAAAACUGCAGCAGCGAUCAGCAGCUCACGUUCACAAUGCUCGUGCGCAAAGAGCUCCAUCGUUCUGCUCGGUGCAGCUUCCUGCCGAAUACGGAGCGCUACGAUGUCCUAGUUCAGGUAAGGCGUGGAGAUGCCGGUUGCCCAUGCCCGCUGACUAUGCCCGACCGGAUUUACAUGAUCACGGCGGUCUGCGAUGUGCAGCAGCAGAGGCUUACCCUGCACGACAAGAGUAUCUUCAAAGUGCGCAACGACAAGGCUCUGGGGAAUCUCAAACUUCGCUGUGGCUUCGCGUAAUGCUAAUGUCCCAAUGCGUGUUGUAUUUCAAGAUGGUCUGUUUUAAAAGGUACUGUCUGGAAAUACAAAACCUACUGUCUUUAAUUAAACAAGACAAGUUGACAACCAAGUGUACACAUUGGAACAUAAUUUCAAUGCACUCCCUGCUCUACAGUUAUACAGUUGUGUCGUGUGAGCAUAUCAACUGCACAUAUCCCCCCCCCCCCCUGCGGUAGCGCUUCCAGUUGAAGAAAAUCCUUGUUUGUGGUCGCUGUUCUAGUACCCACCCCCUGUUUACGAUUGCCAACCUAUAUUGGAUCAUGAUUAUUUUACUGUUGACAGAUGAACUUGUGUGUGCGUGUGUGCGUGUGUGUGUGUGUGUGUGUGUGUGUGUGUGUGUGUGUGUGUGUGUGUGUGUGUGUGUGUGUGUGUGUGUGUGCG